ACAUCCUACUCUACAUAAUUUUUUAUUAUUUUUAAAAAUAAAAGGAAAGGUCCAAAAUGGCAACUCCUCAAGGCAAAAAGUACACUAUUGGCACACGCAAGUCCCAAUUAGCCAUGGUACAGGCGUACAUUGUCCGUGAUUUUUUGCAGCGUACUUAUCCACAGCACACAUUUGCGAUCGAGAGCAUGUCUACUUCAGGAGACCGCAUUCCCGAGAAAGCGCUGAGCAAGAUUGGCGAAAAGGCUCUGUUCACAAAAGAACUCGAGAUUGCCCUGGAGGACAGUCGGGUUGAUCUGGUUGUCCACAGUCUAAAAGACCUGCCGACCGUCCUUCCGGAGGGUAUGUAUCUCGGUGCAAUUACGGAGAGAGAAAACCCCUACGAUGCUGUUGUACUCGCACCUCGUCUCAAGGGACACACACUCGCAACUCUGCCAAAGGGAUCCGUGGUCGGCACAAGUAGCCUCCGUAGAGUUGCCCAAUUAAGACGUAGAUACCCUCACCUUGUAUUUGACGAUGUGCGAGGAGGUUUGAACACACGUCUUGCUAAAUUAGAUGCAGAUGACCACCAUUAUAGUGCAAUUAUCUUGGCUGUGGCUGGACUGGUUCGUAUUGGGAAAGAUGACCGUAUUUCACAAAUCAUCGAGCCUUCAGAUGCACUAUACGCCGUAUCUCAGGGAGCGUUGGGAAUAGAGUGCCGUGAGAAUGACUUUGAAGCACGUCAACUUAUCGAGGCUCUCAACCACACCCCAACCCGCAUUCGGUGCUUGAGUGAGCGUUCAUUGAUGCGUACUCUGGAAGGUGGCUGCAGUGUCCCGAUUGGCGUCAAAACAACUCUCGAGCUUGGUGAUGAAAGCAAGAUGUCGCUUAGUCUGCGUGGACUGGUAGCCAGUCUGGAUGGCCAGCAGGUAGUCGAGUACGAAGACACCAUCUCUCUCCAGGGCGCAGACGACGCAAAGAAGUUUGCAUUGGCAGAAACUCUGGGAACUCGUGUGGCAACCAAGUUGAUUGAGAUGGGAGCUAACAAGAUUCUUGAUGCCAUUCGUCACUAAAUUAAUAUAUAUAUAUGCGAAAAGUUGUGUAUACACGAAACACAUAAAAACAAAAAGGAGGACGUUUCUUUUGAAAGAAUAAAUAUCUAGAAAUUUGUAUAUUCUGUCUAAUG